CGUCUUUCCAGCAACGAGUCUUCUGCUGACCAAGGGAGAGGCGUUUACUUAUAUCAGCUGUCGUGUGUCACGUAGGCAAGCAUACGGAAAAUCAAAUAGCCACUUUAGGUCAAUGCUCAUUCUCUGCACGUAAUUCCAAUUAUAGAUAUCUACAGACAGACCAUAGGGUGUGAACGGCCCCCCUCUGCACACACGCGCUAUUAACCAAUCAGCAAUCAGCCGGCGUACCACGAGCGGCAGGCAUGUGGGGGAGCCUUUGGGGCAGCGCGCCUUCUGCAGCAGAGUCAAUUACGGAAGCCGAUGCAUUAUGGUAUCUAAAUCCGACUCCCGAGCAACGAGCAUGCGAACGAGAAUUCCGCGCUCAGCUAGAGCGAGAAAGCCUCCUGGUGAAUGGUCACGAUGAUGAGUAUACACUGUUACGAUUCUUGAUGGCCCGUGAUUUCAGCGUGGAGAAGGCCCUCUCCAUGUACCGCGACAUGCGUCAAUGGCGCACUGAAAACGCCGUGAACGGGUUGUUCGAAUCGGACCCCGCGGGCACGUCCUUCCCCAACACACAGCAGCUAUUGCAGGUGUACCCCCACUUCUACUUCAACACCGACAAGUUCGGCCGCCCCGUGUACGUGGAGCUGCUGGGCCGCACCGACGCCGCCAGCGUGUUCGCCACCAUCAGCGGCGAGCAGCUGGUGCGCUACCACAUCUGGACCUGGGAGCGCUACCUGCGCGCCUACCUGCCCGCCUGCUCCGCGGCCGCCGGGCGCCACAUCUGCACCACCACCGUCAUCAUCGACCUGGCGGGGCUGUCGCUGAUGAACUUCAACGCCGCCACGCAGAAGCUGCUCACCACCUUCUCCAAGAUUGACCAGGACUACUACCCCGAGCACCUGGGCACCAUGUUCGUCAUCAACACGCCGCUCAUAUUCCGCGGCAUCUGGGCGGCGGUGCAGCCGCUGCUGCAGGAGCGCACGCGCAAGAAGAUCAUCAUACUGGGCGCCGACUACCUGACAGAGCUGGCCAAGGUCGUACCGCUGGAGCGGCUGCCGCACAUAUUCGGGGGGCCGCAACCGCUGGACCCGGGGUACCGCUCCGUGGGGCCCUGGCUGCCGCCGCCGCCCGCAGCGGAAACAGGAG